GUUGACCAUUGAAUUACAGAUAGGAUUGUUUGUGAGGGCUGGGCAUAGAGUCAUUCAUUGCUUAACAUUCAUCAAUUUCUUAAAACAAAAACAGUGUCCCAGAAAUGACACAAUCCUUGGCAAUGGCUUCUUCAUCACUGUUGUGUCCGAGUGCUGUGUCGCAUACAAAGUUCCGAGCUUUUCAUCUCUCUUCAAUGUUCACUCCACUGGGUCGAGGCCUUUUCUCGCCUUGGAGUGGUUUAAAGCAUUUGGGUAUCUCUGCUAAACCAAAACCUCUUCUUCACAUAGCUAGAAAGGGAGGGUGUAAGGGUAUGGUGGUUUACGCUUCUCUUUUUGGGGUUGGAGCUCCUGAAGCUUUGGUGAUUGGGGUCGUUGCUUUGUUGGUUUUUGGUCCUAAAGGUCUUGCCGAGGUUGCUCGAAAUCUGGGAAAAACAUUGCGUGCGUUUCAACCCACCAUUAGAGAGCUUCAGGACGUUUCAAGGGAAUUUAAGACUACACUGGAACGGGAGAUUGGUCUUGAUGACAAUAUAAGUCCAACGCAGAACAGAUACAACUCUAAUGCAAGCAAUACCAGAUCAACAUCAUCAUCCACUGUUGACCCUAAUGGAACGCCAGAUCCUAAGAAUGCAUACAGCUCUGAGGAAUAUCUUAAGAUUACAGAAGAACAGCUGAAAGCAUCUGCUGCACAACAGCAGGAGCAAACACCUCCCAAGGAUGAGCCUCAAAUCCAGUCUCCUGCAAAAGAAACAGGCACUGGUGUGCCUCCACAGCAGAAGCCAGAAAGUGAGACGUUGCCUCUGGAUUCAUAGGGAUAUAGGGUGGUAAAGGUAGCUAAUUCAAUUAUCACUUCUGUCCUGAAUGUGGCACUACUAUUGGUAUAAGUGAUGGGAAGGGUCACGCAAUUUUGUUACCAGGCAGUCAUAUUAGAAUUAUGUAAUGGAGAAAACCAUUCACAAGUACUUUGUUUCAUGCUCUAUUUGUAUUGUAGUUAAUGACAUAUGCAUUCUGGAAUUGCUAAGGUUUUAUUCAUCAUACUUACAGGGAUGACAAAUAUUUCUGUAAUUCCGAAUUUCUGUGCAGACACGGGUUUUUUCUUUA